AUGUAUUCUGCAGGCCUGGAGAUACUGGGGAUGACUCUGUCGGUGGUUGGGUGGCUGGGGGUCAUGGUGGCCUGUUUCCUGCCCAUGUGGAAGGUGGCGGCCUUCGUGGGGCAGAACAUCGUGAUUGCCCAGGUGAUCUGGGAGGGCCUGUGGAUGGACUGCGUGGUGCAGAGCACGGGCCAGAUGCACUGCAGGGUGUACGACUCCAUGCUGGGUCUGCCGGAGGACCUGCAGGCGGCCCGCGCUCUCACCAUCGUCUCCAUGCUCCUGUGCGUGGUGGGCAUCGCCCUGUCUGUGGCAGGCGCCAAGUGCACCAACUGCACGGAGGACGUGGCCAGCAAGCCCCGCAUCAUCCUCAGUGCCGGCGUGGUCUUCAUCACCGGCGGCCUCCUGCAGCUGGUGGCGGUCUCCUGGACCGCCAACGUCAUCGUGGCCGACUUCUACAACCCGCUGCUGGGGGACACCCAGAAGAGGGAGUUCGGAAAUUCGUUGUACUUCGGAUGGGGUGCGUCCUCCCUCCUGAUUUUGGGGGGGAUCCUCCUCUGCUGCUCCUGCCCACCCAGGGCUCAGGACUGCGCGGCAACCAGAGCGGAUUACUUAGCCGCCAAGCCAGCAUCCAACGCCAGACACAACCACAAGGACUACAUGUGA